AUGAAAAAAGGAUUCUUAGCCGGGUGUAGGAAGUUUAUUGGACUUGAUGGAUGUUUCUUGAAGGGCAAAUUGAAGGGUGAAAUCCUCACAGCUGUUGGUAGGGAUGGGAAUAAUCAGAUGUACCCAAUUGCUUGGGCUGUAGUUGAAAUUGAAAAUAGUUCUUCAUGGAGAUGGUUUUUGAAGCUUUUAAAGACAGACCUGGACAUUGUGGACAGCAGUGAAUGGACACUAAUGAGUGAUCAACAAAAGGGAUUAUCUAAUGUCAUUCAAGGUCUUUUCCCAGGAGUUCAUCAUAGAAAUUGUGCUAGGCAUGUGCAUGCCAAUUGGAGUAAAAGUCACCGGGGAAAGGUUCUGAAGGGUCAUUUUUGGCAGAUUGCAAAGACACCAAAUGAACCACAACUUGCUGAAAAUUUGAAGGCUUUAGAGCAGAUUGAUGUUGGUGCCCGAGUUGAUCUUAACAAAUAUCCUAUGCAAUUCUGGUGCAAGGCUUACUUCAAGGAAGAUGUCAAGUGUGACAUGGUAGAUAACAACCUCAGUGAGGCAUUCAAUAGAACUUUGUUGAGUGCAAGAUCAAAGUUUAUAAUUCCAUUACUUGAGGAUAUAAGGGUAGCAACAAUGAAGAGGGUAGCAAAGAAAAAAACAUUGGCUGAAAACUGGAGAGGGAAUUAUGGCUCAUUGGUGUUGAAGAAGCUCAAUGAAAACAUACUUGGGAGUGCAGGUUGGGAUGUGACAUUCAAUGGAGUUGAGGGGUAUGAAAUAAAAAAGGGCAGAUUUCAAUUCAAGCCAACAAGCAGAAUCUGCCAGUUCUUCUGCUGUUAGAGGAAGAGGAAGACCAUCUACUACUGCAAGGGGGAGAGGGAGAGUGAGAGGACGUGGAAGAGGGACAGACUUGUCACAGGAAAGCUUUGUUGGAAUGUCAGGUAAAUUAAUUGAAUAGAAUUAUUCAUGUAGAUGACUGUUAGCAAUGCUUGAUUAAUUGACAAUGAUUCUUUAUUUAUGUAGCCUGCAUGGAGUGAAGCUCAAUGGAACAAU